UCCAUUCAUGUGUGGCCAUGAGGGAUGAGAUGCAAUUGCAAUCAGAUGUGCCGCAGCGUAGAUUUUCUCAUCGAGCGAACAAAGAGAGCCUGUAUAUGUGCUUUUUGUUGACUCAAGACCCGCAUGCAUGCAAGGCUUGCAAGAAUGUAACACUUGGAACAUCCCAACCUGGAUGGAGAAGGACAUUUUAUUUCUUUAUUUUAAAACUAGGAACUCAUGGGAAGGGAAUUCAUCUGUUCCCGAGUGGCCUGUUAAAACCUUCAAGCGAUCAAGUCUUCAGGAUAAGCCCGAGUAACGACGAGGACGUGUGCACGCUCAGGAACAUUCUAGACAGCAUGAAGGUGGACCUGUGGCAGCCUAACAGCAUUUCUCUGAUCAGCCGGAACGCUACGGUGGAUGUGCACAUCAAACGCAGAGACACGAGACGGCUUCAUGCCACCUUAAAGCGGGAACGCAUACAAUAUAGAGUUUUCAUCACUAAUCUGCAGCAGGAAAUUGAAAAGCAGACGAGACGUCGCUCGUCUCGCAAGCGCAGGUCAGACAGUCCGUACGACUAUGAGGUCUACCACUCCCUGGAGGAGGUCCAGAGGUGGAUGUUCGAGAUGAACACAACUCACUCCGACCGGCUCGACAUGUUCUCCAUCGGGAAGUCGUACGAAGGACGACCCCUUUACGUCCUUCAGCUAGGAAAGAGAAGUCGCCCGCAGAAAAAAGCCGUCUGGAUCGACUGCGGGGUCCACGCCAGGGAGUGGAUAGGGCCAGCCUUCUGUCAGUGGUUCGUCAAAGAGGCGCUUAAUUCGUACCGGUACGACUCGGCGACCAGACGACUGCUCAACCAGCUCAAUUUCUACAUCAUGCCCAUCUUCAACGUGGACGGAUACCACUUCAGCUGGACUACAGAUCGCUUCUGGAGGAAGACGCGAUCCAAAAAUCGCAAGUUCCGCUGUAGAGGAGUGGACGCCAACAGGAACUGGAAAGUCAAAUGGUGUGAAGAGGGGGCUUCCUCUCACCCUUGCGACGACACCUAUUGCGGACCCCACCCCGAGUCAGAGCCAGAGGUAAAGGCUGUCGCCAAGUUCCUGCGCAAGCACAAGAAGCGCGUCAAGGCCUACAUCUCUGUGCAUGCGUACGCCCAGAUGCUCCUCUACCCGUAUUCGUACAAGUAUGCUGCCAUCCCCAACUUUAACUGCGUGGAGUCAGCAGCUCAGAAUGCAGUGACGGCACUGUACUCUGCCUAUGGAGUCAAGUACAGAUAUGGACCUGCUUCUACAACCCUAUACGUUAGCUCGGGCAGUUCCAUCGACUGGGCCUACAGGAACGGGAUUCCAUACGCGUUCGCCUUCGAGCUGCGGGAUACGGGCUACUUUGGCUUCCUGUUGCCAGAAACCCUCAUCAACCCCACGUGCACUGAGACCACGCGGGCGGUGAAAGCCAUUGCAUCGGGCCUGCUCAAGAAGUGUUACACGGAUGCCGAAGCCUUCUCGUACAUAUGAAUGCACUCACCGUGUUGUUUUUAGGCCAUGACAAUACACACCAUCAGGACAA